UUCAAAGAGGGGAGAUCUAUCUGAAAUUCCAUGUUGGGGUCAGCUGCCUUUGCUUUUUCAAAUAUCGAUUUGCAAUCAUACAAUCUUGGUUUUCUUCUUUCCCCUCCUUCCCCACCUUCAACAAUGACCAGCAGUAUCCCAUCGUCCACAUCCACCAUCAUCGUCCACACCAUAAAUGCUGGCAUAAUCAACUUUUUGCCUGCUUCACUGUUCUUCAAGCCCAUCCUACCAGGCUACAAAGGAUUGUCCAGACCAGUAUACACCUUCCUCAUUGAACAUCUGACUAAGAGAAAGGUCAUAUUUGAUUUGGGAAUGAGAAAGGAUCAGGAGAAGUAUGUGCCUGUAGUGCAGAGAUUCUUUGACCUCUUCAGAGAGUUGGGUGGGUAUGAUAUGGGCACUGAUGCAAGUAAGACAGUGAGCAAGCAGCUGGUGAAGGGAGUAGAUUUGGGGAGCAUGGAUGCUGUCAUUUGGAGCCAUACCCAUUUCAACCACAUUGAUGAUAUAUCGCUGUUUCCAUCUGCUACAGAAUUAGUGGUUGGACCAGGGAUGGAUCUCUGCACCUAUCCUGAGCAUGAGGACAUGCAUCUUAUCAAGAGCGAUACUGCAUCAUAUCUUGAUGGAACUCUCAUUCUCCAAUGCAACACAAUGCUGCAUAUUGCAGACCUUCCAGCUCUCGACUACUUUGGUGAUGGAAGCUUCUAUGUACUCAAUACAUCUGGUCAUCACUCAGGUCAUAUUUCCAGUCUCACACAUGUAACACCCACAAUGUUUGUGCUGCUAGGAGGUGACUGCUGCCACCACAUCGGCAAUAUCCAACCCACAGCACACCACUGCUCCCUAUGCCUCACUCCUUCAUAGCAUGACAGCCUUCCUCUGCAAAUCCCACUUCUCCCAAAUCACCUCCAAGCCCUUACUGAAGAUCCCUCUGCCUCCUGCUGCCUUGGUGUAUAAGGAUUAUGAUGUGAUGAUGCAGUCAUUGGGACAUUUGGCAUGGCUUGAUGCAGACCCAGAUGUGCUAAUGAUUAUUGGGCAUGAUGGAACUGUCCCUGUUGUGGUGGAAGAAUUCCUGGCAAGUGUGAAUGGGUGAUGGGAGAAGGGAUGGAAAGAUAAGCUGAUGUGGAAAUUUCUGGAGAAGGAUGGUGGGCAUUGGAGGUUUGGGUGAUGGUUACAUCAGAUGG